GAAGUGCGUAAAUUUAAAAAUCGUUGAAGACAGAAAUAAGUCACAGGAAGCGCACAAUUCAUUUUGAUGAAAUGUAAACAAAAACAGUAGAAAAUUAUUUUACGUAGGUAUGGCAUUUUUAAAUCAAAAGAAAAUGUAUUUGGAAAAAAUUGAUUUGAGUAGAAAAUCUUCAAUUGAUGAACAUAUUUUAGAACUGGUUAAAUUCAUAAAUAAUUUGGAAUCCUAUGUCACAACAAGUUCAUGUUCUGGAAGAAUAAUUGUUUUCACUAAUUCUGAACAAAAGAAAAAAGGAUGUAAUUGGCUCUUUGUAAGCCAUGGUAUUGUUUCAAGUGAGAAUAUAGAAGAAGCUUUAAAUUCUCACAGUGGCUCUGCUGUUUUAAAAUUUGAACCUUUUGUCAUGCACGUUAGAUGCUCCUCCAUCGAGAGUGCACAGAAACUGCACACCUGUAGUCUGGAGUCUGGAUUUAGAAAUUCAGGACUAACUAUGAAUAAAAAAGGUGGAAUAGUUUUGGCUAUUAGGAAUACAUUGUCUCUUGAGGUACCUUUAUCUUGUGAUGGAAAGUCACUUGUCUCUUCAGAGUAUAUUACUCAUGUUGUGAGCAUAUGUAAUGAAAAGAUGGAAGAAAAUUGGUGUCGUACUGAAAAGCUUUUUACCAGCUUAAAGACUUUAUCUUGCAAAGUAAAUGAAAACUGUACGAAUAGUGAGAAAAAUUCUUCAAUGUUAGAAGAGGACUUUUCAGAGGAAGCUCAAAGUUCUGAAUACUGUAAAGAAAGCAGCUGUAAUACAUCUGACGAUUUUGUAGUGUCAUAAUUUUAAAGUAAUCAAUUAUCAAUCAGAGAGAAUUAUCAUCUAUGUAUUAAAAUCUUUUUAUUUUUUCUAUUAAAACUUGAAGCAUUUUAA